CGGGUCGGGAGCCGCGGAGCAGCCGCUCCCGCCUAGGUGUGAGCUGAUUAUUCAAAUGGGCAGCCGAGGACCUGGGGAUUGGAGGCUCGCCUGGCCGCUCCGUGCUAUAUCACUCGGGCACCCACGUCACUGCAGCACUUGUACUCCUCUUCCUCCCUCCUCCUCUUCUUCCUCCCUCCUCCCUCCUCCCUCCUCCUCCUCCUCCUCCUCCUCCUCCUCCUCCGGCUCCUCCAUCGCCUCCGGGCGACUCUUCACCGCGAAGCUCUGCGGAAACCCACCCAAGGAGCGGCGGCGAAAAAAAACCCCGGCCCCGGCGGUGCCCCCUCCCUUCCUCCCUCCCUCCUCUUCCUCCUCCUCCAGCGGCUCCGACGGAGGGAGCGCGGCAGAGGGGAGGGAGGGCUGGCGAUUUUUUUUUUUUUUUGGGGGGGGGGAUUGCUCUCUCUCUCUCUCUGCGUCGUCGUUUGUUGUGUCUGUUAAAUUUUAAACUGCCAUGCACUCCACUUCCAGUAUGCUGGGAGCGGUGAAAAUGGAAGGCCAUGAGCACACGGACUGGAGCAACUACUACGGGGAGCCCGAGAGCUACUCCUCGGUGAGCAACAUGAACUCGGGGCUGGGCUCCAUGAACACCAUGAACACCUACAUGACCAUGUCGGCCAUGAGCACCACAGCCAACAUGACAGCAGCCACCUCCAUGAACAUGUCCUACGCCAACACGGGCAUGAGCCCUUCACUCGCCGGCAUGUCCCCAGGUGCGGGGGCCAUGGCCGGCAUGGGCUCGGCUGGCGUGGCAGGGAUGGGUGCCCACCUGAGCCCCAGCAUGAGCCCCAUGGGAGGCCAAGCGGGCUCUAUGAACGCCCUGGCCCCUUACACCAACAUGAAUUCUAUGAGCCCCAUCUAUGGGCAAUCCAACCUCAACCGCUCGCGGGACCCCAAGACGUACCGGCGGAGCUACACUCACGCCAAGCCCCCUUACUCCUACAUCUCGCUCAUCACCAUGGCCAUCCAGCAGUCACCCAACAAGAUGCUGACCCUGAGCGAGAUCUACCAGUGGAUCAUGGACCUCUUCCCCUUCUACCGCCAGAACCAACAGCGCUGGCAGAACAGCAUCCGCCACUCACUUUCCUUCAACGACUGCUUCCUCAAGGUGCCCCGCUCCCCAGAUAAGCCAGGCAAAGGCUCCUUCUGGACGCUGCACCCCGACUCGGGCAACAUGUUUGAAAACGGCUGCUACCUGCGGCGCCAGAAACGCUUCAAGUGUGAGAAGCAGCUGGCGACCAAGGACGGCGGUGGGGGCAAGAAGGGGCCGGGGCAGCCCCCCAGCCAACCCCUAGGGGAGGGCAGCUCCUCGGGGGGCUCCGAGGGCUCAGCGGGUGCUGAGUCACCAGCGAGCGCCUCACCGUGCCGGGACCACAAGCGCGCCCUGGCCGAGCUGAAGGGUGCGGCGGCAGGGCCGAGCCCCGGGGAGCCAUCAGCGGCCUCUCCAGCACAGCACCUGCUGGCCCCGCCACACGCCGGGCUUCCUCAUGACGCCCACCUCAAGCCCGAGCACCACUACGCCUUCAACCACCCGUUCUCCAUCAACAACCUGAUGUCGUCCUCCGAGCAGCAGCACCACCACCACCCUCACCACCACCACCACCCCUCGCACAAAAUGGACCUCAAGGCCUACGAGCAGGUGAUGCACUACUCGGGCUACGCCUCACCCGUGCCCGCCAGCCUGGCCAUGGGGCCGGUAACGAACAAAAACCCAUUGGAGUCCUCCCCUUUGGCCGGAGAGACUUCUUACUACCAAGGUGUGUAUUCCCGGCCCAUCAUGAACUCCUCCUAAAGGCAAAGGGGGAAAAACCCCCUCACCCCGCGCGAUCCCCCUAGCAGCGCGAUGGACUGUGAGCGCUGCUGAGCACGGUACCUACCCAUAUAGCUAUCUAUCUACUUUUGUUUUGUUCCUUGCUGGCUCCAGGUGGUUGCAUCCACUUGGGGAGCAGUGGGCGCACCUCGCGUGCCACCCCUAACCCUAACCCUGCAGUCCCCUCGGUUUGCCUUGCGGGGUGGUUCGGUUUGGUGGGAGGGGGGUGUAAGGGAGAGGGGUUUUUCCUCUUGGGGCUGGUUUCUUAUUUUUUUCGUUGUCGUCGUUGCAAGGAGGUGGAAAUAUAUCUAUUUUUUUGGUGUGGAAGUGAUGAGGAAAAGGGGAGGAAAAAGAAAUAACCAAACCCCAAGCAGACAAAAACGGACGCAAAGAAAAUGAAGCCCUCGUUCGGUGGGAAACCCAAUACGAGUUUGGGAUCUGAGGAUGGGAAGCCUUGUAAAAUUGUACAAAGGGGAAGGGGAAAAAAAAAAAAAAAAGAAAGAAAAAAAGGAAAAAAAAAAUACAACAAACCAAGUCAGGAUAGAUUGUUGUAAUUGAAACAAACGCUUGAUGUUACCGGGAGAGUAAACUACUUGGAUCUGAUUAAUUUAUCGUUUCUGUAUGCUUUAUUUAUGGCUUAUAAAUGUGUAUACUGGUAGCGACUAGCCAGGUUGCCACAGAACUCUAUUAAAGUGUUAUUGGCGGUUUUUUU